AUGGCUGAAGUAGGCUACGGCUACUCACGCCAGGAAACCAUCAAUUUGGCAUAUGACUACGCUGUACACAAAAAGCCAUGGAAUACUCUAAGUAAAGUUGUGGGAGGCAGAGCUAUCACAGAAUCGCCAGUUGUUGGCGCAAUAAAGCUUCACUUGAAGUCACAGAGCAAACAGUGUGCAGAUGUAGAACAGUGUAUCAUCUCUUCCGCUGUACCCAGUACCUCCGGCCUUCGGGUGAAACGAAAGCAGCCCCCAGUUGAAGAGGUGGUCAGCUCCGACUCAGAUGAUAGUGACAUUGCAGAAUCUGACAACCCCCUAGCCAGCCGGAACAACGCCAGACCGAAGCGGAAAUUCUACCCGAAACACAAGUGCAAGUUUCCCACCCACAGGCACAUCACCGGAAGAAGUUCCACUCCAGUAGACAUUGCUGUGGGUACCAACUACCCCUCAGUCAUCGGCAGCCGUUCCACUCAUGCAGACAGUCCUGUGGGUACCACCUACCAGUCAGUCACCGGAAGUCGAUCCACGCCUGUAGACAGUCCUGUGAGUACCACCCACCCCUCAGUCACAGGAAGUCGGUCCACUCAUGUAGACAGCCCAGUGGGUAACAACUACCACUCAGCCACCGGCAGUCGUUCCACUGAAUUAGACAGUCCUGUGAGUACCACCCACCCCUCAGUCCCCGGAAGUCGUUCCACUCAUGUAGACAGUCCUGUGGGUACCACCUACCCCUCAGUCAGCGAAAGUCGUUCCACAUCUGUAGACAGUCCUGUGGGUACCACCGACCUCACAGUCAUCGACAGUCGUUCCUCUCCUGUAGACAGUCUAGUAGAGAGACCUGUGGGUACGACCUACCCCUCAGUCCCCGGCAGUCGUUCCUCUCCUGUAGACAGUCCAGUGGGUACGACCUACCCCUCAGUCACCAGCAGUCGUUUCACUCCUGUAGACAGUUCAGUGGGUACGACCUACCUCUCAGUCACCGGCAGUCGUUCCACUCCUCUAGACAGUCCAGUGGGUACCACGUACCCCUCAGUCAACGGCAGUCGUUCGAAUCCUGUACUCAGUCCAGUGGACAGUCCAGUGGGUACCACCUACCCCUCAGUCACCGGCAGUCAUUCCACUAUUGUAAACAGUCCAGUAGGUACCACCUACCCCUCAGUUACCGGCAGUCGUUCGUCUUCUGUAGACAGCCCUGUGGGUACCACCUACCACUCAGUCAUCGGCAGCCGUUCCACUCAUGUAGACAGUUCUGUGGGUACCACCUUCCAGUCAGUCACCGGAAGUCGUUCCACACCUGUAGACAGUCCUACAGUCCUGUGGGUACCACCUACCCUAAGUCCCCGGCAGUCGUUUCUCUUCUGUAGAACGUCGAGUGGAUACGACCUUCCCCUCAGUCCCCGGCAGUCUUUCGUCUUCUGUACCACCUACCCCUCAGUCACCGACAGUCGUUCCAAUGCUGUAGAUAGUCUUGUGAGUACCACCCACCACUCAGUCCCCGGAAGUCGUUCCACUCAUGCAGACAGUCCUGUGGGUAACACCCACCCUUCAGUCACCGGCAGUCGUUCCACUGCUGUAGACAGUCCUGUGAGUACCUCCCAGCCCUCAGUCCCCGGAAGUCGUUCCACUCAUGUAGACAGUCCUGUGGGUAGGACCUACCCCUCAGUCACCGGCAGUCGUUCCAAUCCUGUAGACAGUCAAUCGUUUUAUUUCUGUAGACAGUCCAGUGGAUUCGACCUACCCUUCAGGUCCCGGCAGUCUUUCCUAUUCUGUAGACAGUCCAGUGUGUACCACCUACCCCUCAGUCAUCGGCAGUCGUCCAAUCCUGUAGACAGUCCAGUGGGUACCGUCUACCUCUCAGUCACUGGCAGUCGUUCCACUCCUGUAGACAGUCCAGUGGGUACAACCUAUCCCUCAGUCACCGGCAGGCGUUUUUCUUCUGUAGACAGUCCAGUGGUUACCACCUACCUCUCAUUUAUCGGACGUUGUUCCACUCCUGUAGACUGUCCAGUUGGUACCACUUACCCCUCACUCCCCGGCAGUCGUUCCACUCCUGUAGAAAGUCAUGUGGGUACCACCUACACAUCAGUCCCCGGCUGUCGUUCCACUCAUGUAGACAGUCCAGUUGGUACAACCUACCUCUCAGUCACCGGCAGUCGUUCUACUCCUUUGGACAGUCCAGUGGGUACCACCUACCCCUCACUCCCCGGCAGUCGUUCCUCUCCUGUAGACAGUCCAGUGUGUAUCACCUACCCCUCACUCCACGGCAGUCGUUACUCUCCUGUAGAAAGUCCUGUGGGUACCACAUACUCAGCAGUAAUCGAAAGUCGUUCCUCUGCUGUAGACAGUCCAGUUGGUACCACAUACCUGUCAGUCACCGGAAGUUGUUCCUCACCUGUAGAUAGUCCAGUUGUUACGACAUACCCCUCAGUUACCGGCAGUCGUUUCACUCCUCUUGAAAGUCAUGAGUCAUCAGUCACUGGUAGCCGUUCAACUUCUGUAGAAAGUCCUGUUGGUACCAUCUACCUCUCAGUUACCGGCAGUCGAUCCACUCUUGGAGACAGUCCAGUGGGUACCACAUACCCCUCAGUAACCGGCAGUCGUUCCAAUUCUGUUGACAGUCCUGUGGGUACCACCUACACCUCAGUCACCGGAAGUCGUAGAUGUAGACAGUCCAGUUGGUACUACCGAUAA